ACUACGUAAUUGGAAAGACUUUAUUGAAACCCUUUCUCCUUUCAUCAUCGAUCGACGAUUUUCUUCAUUUUUCUUUGAUUUACUUACAAAAACCCAAAUCAACCCGGAACACUAUAUAACAUGGCGGAGGAAUCGUACGACGAAGAUUGUGACUAUCUCUUCAAGGCGGUGUUGAUAGGAGACUCGGCCGUCGGAAAAUCAAACCUGUUGUCGAGGUUCUCGAGAGAUGAGUUCCGGUUAGACUCUAAACCGACCAUCGGAGUAGACUUUGCUUACCGGAAUGUUCGCGUCGGUGAUAAGACCAUCAAAGCUCAGAUAUGGGACACUGCCGGCCAAGAAAGAUUUAGAGCGAUAACGAGUUCGUAUUACCGUGGAGCUUUAGGAGCUUUACUGAUUUACGACAUCACAAGACGACAAACUUUCCAAAACAUACGAAAAUGGUUGUCGGAGCUCAGAGACUGCUCUAGUUCCGACACCGUCGUUGUUCUCGUCGGUAACAAAUCCGAUCUCCGGCAGUCUAGAGAAGUUGAAGAGGAAGAGGGUAAGACUCUAGCCGAACUAGAAGGUCUCUAUUUCCUCGAAACAUCAGCUUUAGAGAAUCAAAAUGUCGAAGAAGCGUUUCUAAGCAUGAUCGGACGGAUCCAUGAGGUUUUGCUCCACAAGAUCGCUUUAGACAACAAAUGCAACGGUGGUGACGGUAAUAUCAUUCCCGCCGGUAAAGAGAUCGUAAAUAUUGACGAAGUUACCGCCACUCGACCGUUGACUACUUCUUUCUCUAAUUGUUGUUACAAGUAAAGUAAUUCAAUUUUGUUGUCUAGUAUAGUAUUAAAUCUCUCUUUUGUUUUUGUAUAGGUUUUGGAUAUUUGAUGAUGUAAUUUUAUAAUUGUUGAAAUGUUGACUUGGCUGCUUUUAUA